UCGCCACAGCGUGUAUUAAACCUAUUGCUUUAGCCCAAGAUGCAACAACAUUCUGAUAAAGUCGUAGAUGCCCAAGAAAUGCUACCGGCAAACAAGGGAGAAUGGAGCAUUGGAGAUUCUGUCGAAAGGGAACAAAACGAAAACGAUGAAAUGUGGAGUUGGUCGCCGGCGCGCAAAGCACCCCGGUACACUACCCACAUGGCAUUGUACAACAUGGCGGACCAGUUUACUGCAGGUGUUGAUGGAAGCUCCGAUUUAACCGAUGGAGACUCGCGGAAAAGGCCCCUUGAAGCGUCACCGGACACAAGACAACCUUAUAAAAGAUCCAACUUCGGACCUGCCAAGAGCCCUAUCUUGAAGAUUCUAGUGCCUAAUUAUGCAGCUGGUUCAAUUAUUGGCAAGGGGGGACAGAAUAUCGCACAGGUGCAGCAGACAACAGGUGCACGUAUCAAAUUGUCACCUAACAACCAGUACUACCCAGGAACCCAGGAGCGCAUCGGGCUUAUCAUGGGCGAAGUGGAGAAUAUCGUACAAAUGCUGGACUUUGUCAUCGAUAAAAUCAGGCAGGAACCGCAGGGAAUUAAGGCAAGCAUGUCAAUCUCGUUUGACCGUGAGCGUGCAAAGCAGAUGAAGAUCAUAGUUCCGAAUUCCACGGCUGGUAUGAUAAUUGGGAAAGCAGGUUCUGCCAUCAAGUCGAUUAGUGAGCAAACAGGGGCACGAAUACAGAUUUCCCAAAAAGAUGCUGAGAGUGUUGCGGGGGAACGCAUAGUUUGCGUGGGGGGUAGUCAAGAGCAAGUGACAGCUGCAUGCGUCAUCAUCACCUCAAAGGUACAGGAGGACCCUGAGCACGCCCUCAAUAAUAAUAUCAUGUAUUCGGGUCUGACCACUAGCCGAGCUGGACACACCAAUGGCCAGCUGGCUGGUUCAGCGUUUAGCUCAGGACUUCCUUUUAGUGCCUUAUCAGGGCUAAGUGCACUGGGGCUGACUAACACAGCCACUGCGCAAAACACCACCACAUCAGCCACAAAUCAUAUCCUCGCCCAGGCUGCUCUGAUGGGCGGAAGCAACCUGAACAACCCUAUGGCCCCACCCACCAGUACCGCCACCAGCUCCAGCAUCCAGUCCAGUGCAACACUUGAAAUAACGGUCCCUGACGAGCUGAUCGGGGCGAUCCUUGGUAAGGGUGGUAAGACCAUCACAGAGUUCAUGCAGUAUAGCGGCGCUCGCAUUCAGGUUUCACAGAAAGGAGAGUUUGUGCCUGGGACUAGCAAUCGCAAGGUUGUUAUCACUGGUGACGUUCCCGCUGCACAGCUAGCUCAUUUUCUUGUCACUCAACGUAUUCAGCAAGUUGAGGCUGAGAGGCUGCUGACACCACACCGGGCAUAAACAAUAACGAGUCAUUGGUGCUUCCAUUGCCCUUCCACUCAUUUCAAGUCUUGUAAAGAAUCACAGGGAAAUCCACAACUGGCAGUACAUAACAAGUCCUGUGCAUGAAUAAUGAAUAACACCAGCCUCUUCUAUACCAUUUCUAUUAAUCAUAUGCAUUUUAUAUAUUGCAUGUUGUAAAAUUAACCAGUCAUACUAGCUCAUCGACUGCACCACAUCACAAAUUUAAUGUGCACCACCCAGUUUAAGCACAUUGUUUUAAUAACAUUUUUGUAGUCAUUUCUUACCUUUUCACAUUCUCAAUUACGACAAACAUUAGCAUCCUCACAUGUUCCUUGCAAAACUUGAAAAUAGCAUUGGUUUUAUUUUACUUUAAAAAAAAAAAUAGGGUGUUGUGUAAUUCAACAAAGGAACACAUGCGCAAGGUGGAGUAAUAGUUUAAGAAGCUGUUAUUUAUUCAGUACCUUUCCUUGCUUUUCAAGAUUAUCACUUUUUUCAGCAAAGCAAUUUUGAGAUUAGCCUGGAGUCAGACAAAAAAAAUAAUUGAUUAUUAAUGCUGGAAAAGUGAUACCAAUUAUAGGAUUGCUUUAUUUAGCAGACUUGAGCACUUUUUAAGAUUUUUGUUAAAUGAUGACUUUGAUCAACUCAUAGUUCAAUAGAUCUUAAGUCAUUUCAUAGGCAAUAUAACGUAACCUUGAUAUGGCAGACCUAAAUUAGAUACAUUUUUCUAAGCUAAAAGUGUUGCACAAUGAUCCUUUCCUGUUUCUGACACUAAAAGGGUAUUAUAUUAUUUUAAUGAUACCUAUCCCCAAAAGUUCAGUGCUUUUUAAGGAUUUUUCUUAAGCCCUUUACAAUUGAAGUAAAGAAAAACAUAAUUAGACUCCAGAAGGAAAUAAUGUGCAUUUAUAUAAAUUGGAAAACCCUUAGCUUCCUAUUAAUGUUUGCGGGAUUAUUGUAAUCUUAAAAAUUGAGUAGAUGUUUGCCAUCAGUAAAUGAUGCUAUUUCUAUGUAACAUCAGCUCCUAUAGUUCGUUAAACCAGCAGUUUAACUUUUGAAGACAGUGUAGUUUGUCACUGUAGUGUUUAUGGUCUAAGCUGUUCCCUAAUGUCAUUCUGUGACUUUGUUAUCAUAUUUUUAUUAGUGUUGCCUUUUUUUAAUACUAGUUUAUAAGUUUAGCAUAAAGUAUUUGGAGUUUCAUUAUAGAAUGUAAUGCCCCAGAAGCUUACGUGUAUGUUAUUUAAAACUGCUACUUCCACUUAUACAUUUUGCCUCGUGAAAGGUUUCUGUAAUCAUCUGUACACUUCAUUUCACCUACCAUGGAUUAAUUUAUCCAUUCAUCCUGUUAAUUAACUUUCAUACCAUUCACCAUUUAUAGUCAUCACCAUUCACUGAAUGAAAAGCAUCUUGCCAUGCUAGUAGACAGCUGCGCACUCGACUGUUGUAACUGAUCCAUCAGUUUCCGUGGUAACACAUCAUUGUAAUAAACUGCUGUUAGACCACAUCUUGUCCAGUUGUCUUUACCAUACCUCAGUCAUCCGUCUCGUUUGCUUGAUCCAUCUCAUUUCAUUACAUUUUUUUUCAAAUGUGACAUUUUUUAUAAUAAAAGGUAAGUUGUACCUGAAUUCCUCCCAGUCAGGGGAGUUUGAUAUUUAUUUGAACAAAUUGAAAAAGAUGAAUAAAGAAAAGUUAUAUUCUUCAA